AUGGGUGUUCGAGGCAAUGAGCUGACCAUAAAUGACAUGCGGCUUCUCUCCGAUGCAUGUCACUGCUUUGAAGGUGGCUUCCCAAAGGUCAACUUCAAGAAGCUGGCAGCUCGCGCUGGCUACACAAAUCUUGGAUCGGCGAUGAAUGCUUGGAAUCGGGUCAGGACUAAGUUGCUGGCAGCCUCUGGAGAACUCGAGAUGCCCACAGACGCAAUCAGCUGCAAUACGGGCAACGGCAAAGCCCGAAAGCGUGACAGCACUUCCAAGAAGCGUCGCAGAGAAGACAAUGUUGAUUCUGUGCAAAGUGGCGAGGACACGCCAAAGCGAGCCAGAAAAAUCAAGAGAGAGGCUCUAGCACCUAUAACCGUACAGGAGGCCGUGGAAGAGGAUGAAGAUGACUUUUCCGGCCUCUCAUCAGUCAUUGACGACGAGUUCCUUGACGCUGGCGAAGGUAGCGUUUUUGUCCCCCUUGCUCACGAGCUCAGUCUGCUGACAGAUCCGAAGAUCAGCUGUGAUAUCACAGAAGGACGGGACACUGGGCAGCGUGUACAUUACUUCGCCCCUUGUCCUUCGACUAUCUUCGCUCCUAGGACUAGCAUACUGGAGGAGGAUCGCGGAGUCAAGUGGAACCAUGGUUCGAGGAUUCGGAAGAAGCGGUGGUGUUCGAGUAUAUUGGCGAUGGACGGAAUCUACACCGUGCUGUCUACGCCAUCAUGA